AUGAAGCGGAUGUUCGCUCUGCUCUUCCCGUUUGAGAGCCCAGCAUGGAACUCAAUCCUUGCAACUUUCUACAUCUCAUCUAUCCCCAACUUUAUCCUGCUCGCCGUGCCGGCCACGCUCGAGCCAUCAUCUCUCAAUACGAUGAUCGCAUUCGCUACGGGCGGACUCCUGGGCGAUGUCUUUCUUCACCUGGUCCCGCAUGCCUUCUUUGGCGAAGGAUGCGAAAGUGGAUACUCGACGAUUGCGGUCGAGCCCAAGCGGAACAUCGUCAUCGGGGGCUCCAUCUUUCUCGGCUUUGCCGCAUUCUUCGUCCUGGACAAGACUAUGCGGGUACUAAACGCCGCCGCAGGAAACGAGGACUCGCACGGCCAUUCCCAUUCCCACUCGCACGCGCCAGUCGAGUCAAGCGCCAAAUCCACGGCGGUCAAAGCGUCAGAGGGAGAGCUGCGGUCUCGCAAGUCCCCGUCAGACGUCACUGCUAUCACUCCGGCUGCGCCUGCUGAGAAGCCCAACCCGUCACUCCGCCUCUCUGCCUACCUCAACCUCUUUGGAGACUUUACGCACAACAUCACCGACGGACUAGCCAUGGCCGCUUCAUUCUACUCGAGCCCAGCUCUGGGAGCUGUCACGACCAUAGCGACAUUCUGCCAUGAGAUCCCACAUGAGAUUGCCGACUACUCUAUCCUGAUCAAGUCCGGCUUCACUAAGCGCCAAGCGAUGGGAAGUCAAUUCUUUACCGCUGUCGGAGCGUUUGUAGGCACGUUCUUGGGGAUCUGGAUCGCAGAAACGAGCGGGACGGGCAAGGCGGAUCAGGUGUUGAAGGUGGGACAGGGGUUCUUUGGGACAAGUGUGGGCGGGGGUGAACUGGUCAUACCAAUGACAGCAGGAGGCUUCCUGUACAUUGCCAGCGUCAGCGUCAUUCCAGAACUGCUCGCCGAGUCGAGAAGCGGAACGCAGGCACUCAAAGAGUACGCUGCUAUGGCAUUUGGCGUGUUCUGCAUGGCUGUGAUAGCGUGGAACGAGUAG